AUGACUUUAAUUCGUUGCUUACAAAUAAUUGGUGGAGUUCAACAUAAUGUUAAUGGGGAAAACCAGUUAGUUAACAAUCAAAACUCUGGGGAAACAAUUAAAUUUGAUGAUAAUAAAACUAGUUUUGUAGUACCAAAUAACCAACCCCCAUCAGAUUGUUGUGGUACCUCUGAACCAAAAAAUCCACAACAUGUUAUGCUUUUCUAA